UUUAUAAAGAUAUAUGAAGACAUAAUUAUUGAACAGAUUUAAAUAUUACGACCACACUAAUAGUCUAGUAAAUUUUCUCCGGAACCUCUAAAAUAUUGUCCAAAAUGUUUUUGUGUAACCGAAGAUAGAGCAUUACAGAAAUAGUUUUAUGGAACAAUGUAAUAUUUUACUUGUAUUUUAUAUUAAAUUAUGUAUUUCUUUUUAUAAUUUUAUAUUUUAGUGUAAAAAUUUAUAAAUUAAUAUUACUGUAAUAUUUUUAUAUAUAGUUAUUUAUAAAAGUUUUAUGGAUUUAUUUUAAUUAUGACAAAUAUAAGGACUAUAGUGUAAAUUACAAAUAAUUUUGAAGUUUUCCUCUUGAAGAAAAACACCUUAAAACUUCAAACAUAAAGUUUUGCAAACUCUAAAAUAGAGAGGUUCGGGAGAUGCUCUAAGGAUUUUUUUUUUUGUUUUUCACCUCCUACCUAGUAAUAUAUUGGCAAAAUAGGCAGCCAAAAAUAGAUUUUUAUUCUAAGCUCUUGUAUCAAUUUUUUUAUUCUGUUUCCUGUGUGGAAGGUUGCUCUUUGAAAUUUUAGUCUCUAGAUUAGUUUCAAUUAAGCAUGAGUAUUUUAUCUGGAACAGAAAUUCAAACUGAGAUCGACCCAAAAAUCUUUGAACUAAAACGGAACCAAAAUUCUACGAGUACAUAUAUGGUCUAAAAUUUCUCUAUCAAAUUAAAAACUACCCAAAUUAAAUUAGACCCGAGAAGAAUGGAUUUUAAUAAAUCCGACUAGGUAAAAACCGAUCCAAACCUAACAUGGAAACAUGAAUUUUCAAAAAAAAACCCGAUCUAAACCUAACAUAGAAGCCUGAAUUUCCAAAAAACCGAAAAUCCAAGACAAAUAAAUUCUUAUAGACUAAAUAUAAGAGCGAAAGAUAAGACGCGGUCAAUCUGAAUCAAAUCUGCGAAGAAUUUGCGGUCAACAUUACAUUGAUUUUGUAUUAUAUUGCUCAAGGACUUCAAAACUAGCAAUAUAAAAUUAUAAUUGAAACAUAGUAUAUAUAAGAAAAAAUCUUUCAGUGGUGUAGCAUCAAUUAAACAUUUAAAAUAAAUUUCAAAAACAAAUUUUAAUAAUAACAUCAUAUAAUUCAUAAUAUGACAUUAAUAUAGGAGUGUGUUUCUCUAUAUUUAUAAUUUACAAGAAAUGAAAAUAUUAGUUUUUUCCAUCAAAGAUUAUUUUCUGGCCAAACUUUUAGGUCUUUUAGUUGUGCUUUAUCUACACGCUUGAAAACAGUAUUCUAGCUUUAUAUUUGCAUGUUCAGUUUGGAUUUGACCGGAUUUUGUGUUUCCCUCUGAUAUUUCAUCUUAAUAAUUCAUUUGACUUGGAUUUUUGGAUUUUUGGAUUUUCGGGAGCAUAACUUUAGUUUUCACUCGGAUGUUGAUGCAUAAGAAGGUUCAGUUUGGGUUCGAUCAAAGAUAAAAAAAAUCAUGUAAUUUAGCAAAUUUUUUUGAAAAGGUAAUUUAAUUUGGCAAAUAUUACCAAUUUUUAUUGUAUAUAAUGUGGGUUAUAUUUAACUAAUUUCUUUGCAUAAUUUGUUUCAAAUGCUAAUUUUACAAAUUUUAAAUUAUCAAGAAUAUUAAGAAUUAACAUAAUUUCUAUAGUCUCUUUUAGUUUUAAUAUUUAAACUUCUUAACUAAGUCUGGUGUGGGUAAAAACCCUAUAAACUGGUCAGCAGCAGUGGUUUAUUUUACUGGUAGUAUAAAUGAAAGGUCUAAUCCAUUAAAUAAAAUUAAUUUGGAAAUUUUUACAUUAAAUCUUUAGUUUAGAAGUUUUUAUCCAAAUCAAAUUUAGUUAGAGGUUCAUCAUUAAAAAUCCAAAAUAUAUCAGUUUUCUCUUUCAAGCAGGCAGUUAUUCUUUAGUAUUCAUCUAGACUUUGUUGUGGGUUUUAUAUCACAAUAUAAGACAUUGGUGUGCUCUUGCUUCAUAUAAUUUACUAGGGAUGAGCACAAACUGAGUAUGAGUAUUUGUCUUUUCCAGUAUACUUGGUUUGCUGCUUGGUUUAUAUAAGUAAUUUGGACGUAUAUUUGAUUUGUUAAAAAUGAGCACUUGUUGUUUCAAGUACUUACUAAAAAUGAUGGAUUUGCAAGUUAUUUGCCUUAUUUUAUUACUUGUAAGUUUCUCGCAGAUUACCUGAUGAAUUAUUUGAUAAUUCGUUAGAAUUUAAACUAAACAACUUUAUUAUAUAUAAAAAAUAUUUCAUUUUUCCUAUGAUUUAGUUUGUUUGGGAGAUAUAAUAUAUAAAAAGAGAAAAAUUCAAAAUGCUUAUAUAAAUAUAUCACUUAUGUGUGAUUAAUUUAUGGAAAUAAAAAUAUAAACGAGUUAUUUUAUUAUGAUUUAUGAAAAUGUUCUUUUAUUCAUAAACAAAAACAAAUAACAAACCAAACAACAGUCAAUAGUUACUUUUAUUUUAAUAUUGAUAUUUACUUUAUAUUUGAAAGUAAUUUAAAUAGUUUACUUGAUAUUUGACUUGGUUAGACCAAGUACUCAACAAAACCGAUCAAGUAACAAGUAAUUAUGCACACCUCUAUCAAUUUACUACAUCAAAUUUUCACCAAAAACAAAAAAGUUUGUAUGUCACUCGUUUUAGAUACUUUGAAUGGAAAUGUUUACCAUUGUUUAUCUUGGAAAUAUGUUUUUAUAAGAAUUAUCUGAAGUUUUCUGGUUACAAAAACUGAUAGGAAAAUCUUAUUUAAAAAAAAAUGAAAUAAAGAUUAUAGUUGCGAAGUUUUUUCUUAAACCAUGUGCUAUUCCUAUGCUUUUAUGUUAGAUUAAUCUGGGCAGUGUCACCAUUUCAUCCCCCUCCAUUUGGUAUAUGGUCAGACUCGCUAUAUUCUAAUCUCCAAUGAGUCUUAAAUCAGAAAAAGAGUUCCCAAAGGAAGAUGUAGAAGAGGGACUGGUACCUUGACUGUUAUGGCGAAUUCGGAAAAACAUGAAUGAGUUUGUGUUUCAAGGAAAAGAUUAUGAUGUUCUUGCGAUGAUUGCUAAAACAAAGAGGACGAGAGGGAGUGGAAAAGCAGAGAGGGGGCAAAAACUGAUGAGCUCAAAAAAGCUACCAUAGAGGAACCUGAACGGAGAUGGAAACCACCACCACCAACAUGGAUUAAAUGUAACACUGAUGGAGCCUGGAAUAAAGAUUCUGGAGAAGGAGGGAUGGGAUGGGUAGCGAAGGACCAUCAGGGAAAUCUAGUGUGGACAGGAGCGAGGAAGCUAUCAAGAUUGAGAUCAGCAUUAGAAGCUGAAGCUGAAGCGCUCAAAUGGGCCAUUCAAACUCUUUCCGGGUUUGGAUAUGCACAAAUGAUUUUUGAGACAGAUUCCCUGGCGCUAAAGAGGCUAAUAAGUGGAGAAGAGACAAUGUCGCUGACUUUAAAACCUCUACUGUAGGAGAUCUCUUUCUUGAUGGCAGAAAAUCGAAGAUUUGAGGUGGUCUACUAUUCGAGAAGUUGUUAAAAACUUUUGUAGAGACUGAGAAGCCAGUUGUAAGAACUUGAAUCAGGUUAAUGAAAAGUACUUGAAUCAGGUUAAUGAAAAGCGAGUUGUCGAGCCAAAAAAAAAUGAUCAUGGUUACAUUUAUUCACUAAAAUUUCCGAAGAUAUCCGUUUUACUACUAAAACCAUGAGCAAUGAGGGUGUUGAAAUCCACUUUCAACAGUUGAAAAACAUGCAAUGAGGGUGUUGAAUUUUUAUGUUAAUGUACGUGUAUUCAACAUGCGUUGGAAAGUUUCAGCUGUUGAAAAAAAAAUUUGUGGUCCCUAAAUGACACGUGGCGCGCCGUGAGUGGGUAGAGACUAGAGAGGGUUGGCAGCGUGCAGGCACGUGCGUUGCACGAUUUUCCUUUUUUUUUUAUUUUUUACUUCAGGAUAAUAUUUAAAUGCUCUCUUCCCAUUGGCUGUACAGAUUUCCUUUGAUAUUUAUCUCCACCCAAUAAUUGGAACCCAUUUAUUUUAUAAUAUAACUAUUUUAAAAAAUAUCAAAAUUAUAUCAAAAUUCAAUAUUUUUUUUUAAUUUAUAAUAGAAACUACUCUCAUUUCGUUUGGAUACAAAAAAAAACAUCACUUUUCAUUAUAAUCAACUAUUUUAGUGUUUUAAAUCUUUUUUUUUUUGUUAAAUGGAUCCCAAUAAUAAUCCUUUUAACACCCAAAACUCUUCUAAUUUUCCGUUUAACUUCCAAAAUCCCAACAAUUAUCAAAUUCAAAACCAAACUUCCAACCAACCCCAAAAUAUACCAAAUUAUGAUUUCCCACCAAAUUUCUUCAUGUCAUCAUCUGUUCUGAAUUAUCCUCCAAAUUACAGAUCAAUGAUGCAAUAUUUUUCUCAAACACCUCCACUUUCUUCUACUCCAACGGGGGAUGCAAAUGUUCCGAGAGAAACUGAAUUUCCCGAAUUUUCUAUCCAAAUAGCUCUUGGUGGCAUGAGUGGUGCUAGCGAACCCAUUCCCGACGCAAAUCCAGAUGAAUCAGCUCAAGCUCGCCGUAGAAGCCCUAAGUGGACCACCGAUCAAAACUUGGUGCUACUUAGUGGAUGGAUUAAAUAUGGAACAAACAUCAUUGUUGGCAGGAACCAGAAAAGCGAAGCAUACUGGAGUAAAAUUUUUGAGUACUGUAAUGAGCAUUGCUCAUUUGAUCCUCCCCGUGACGGAGCUUCAUGCAGAAAUCAUUUCAGCUAUAUGAAUAAAAAGUUAAGCAAAUGGAGUGGCGCUUACGAUAACGCUAGGCGUAUGCAACAAAGUGGAUGGUCGGAGAAUGAUGUAAUGGAAAAAGCGCAUGAAUUAUAUUCAAGUUGUAAGAAUGAACAUUUCAAUUUAAUGUUGGAGUGGCUUGCUGUUCGUGAUCAACCGCGCUAUGGUAGUCAAGUAGGAAGAAAUACUGGCUCUACAAGUAGUGGAUCUAAGAGAUCCCGAGAGAGUGAUGCAAGUGAUUUGAACUUCGUAGGAUCAAACUCUGUAGGAUCAAGUGCUCGUCCAAUGGGGAGAGAUGCAGCGAAAAAAAGGCAAAAAGAAAAGCAAAGGCGCAGCUUUGGAAACCGUCAACGAAGAGUGAAAUGAAUACAAACAAUUCAAAGAGCAAGAAUU